AUGAGACUGGAAGAGAGGUGGUGGAGUAUUCCGUUUGGGUGGGCGGUGGUGGUGGAUUUUCUGGAGGUUGUUGCGGGGGAGGGGGAUGGGGUGGGCAGGGUGGAGGAGGAGGUGGCGCUCGUGCCGGGGUAUGGGGUCGAGCAGGGGAUGGUGGAUUGGCAGGGGUUGAGGGCGAUGUGGGAGGGAGAGGUGGAUUGGGAGGGUGUCGAGGUUGUGGAGUGGGAGAGACUGAGGUUCAAGAGGCAGGUGCAUGAGGUUAUUUCGGUGGUGGAGGUGGCUGGGUUGGCUGAGGGGAAGGAGGUGGUGUUCAAGAGCGUGCUGCAGCAGCAGGAACAGCGGUAUAUGUACAAUGAGCUGAAGAUGCUGCUUUCACUGGGGAGCCAUCCGAAUCUUAUUGCUCGGCCGCUGGGAGUGGUUACAAAAAAGGGGCGGUUCGGGAACCGGAGGGGGGUUUGCGGCUUUUUGCUGGAGUGGUUCCCUCUAGGCUCGUUGAAGGAGAGGCUUCUGAGGGACGACUAUGAGGAGAUUACUUCGAUGGAGCAGAAACUGAAGUGGGCUGCGGAAGUUACGGAGGCAUUUAUCCACAUCAAUGGCCAUAGUAACGCAGGUUUCUACCCCGAUCUGAAGCCCGACAACAUUGUCCUCAGGCAGGACGCGAAAACGGGGAUGCUGGCUGCGGUACUCAUAGACUUGGAACAGCGGGGGGGCUGGUUUGCGUGGAGUCCGCCCGAAGUGGCGUACGUGGAAUAUCUGGAGAUUCUGGCGGACGAGUCGGGGUUGGCGGAGGGCGACUUAAAGGAUGUGAUCCUCGAGGAGCUGAGGGAGUACUAUGGCGAUCCCGAGUGGUCGCCAGACACGGCUGGCCCGCGGUACCACAACACGGAGGGUGGGUUCAGUGCGCCGUGGCUAGCCUUGUUAGAGGCAAGGAAAGCAGAAGGUUGGGGAAUGCAUCUGCUGGAGCGAGCCCAGGUCUUCAUGCUGGGGAAGCUGCUGUGGUGCAUCUUCGAGGGGCAGCCGUUCGUCAGGUGCGGCAUCGACCACGAGGUGUUGCGAGAUGGCGACCCUGGGUACGAGUCGAGAAGAUCCGGGAAAGCGCGGGCGUUUCCCGAGUUUAAGAAAACGCCACGCGCUAUCCGCGAGUUAAUACAGACUUGCACGGCUGGGGCGCCGGAGUGGGAUACCCGUCAUCCACGGUUACCGGGCGUGGUUCUUCAGGGCGGAAAGAUCCAUCCGGUAGGUUCAACAGGUGGUCAGACACCCACAAUGGCCGUAGACACGCUCAAUGCAGCGAAGCGUUUCUGGAACCGAGAGGUCGAAUUGGCUCGGUCGUUCAUGGCAGAGUUGCUCCUUGUCAGGGGUAAUGCACUCGAGAGUACUACGAAGGGAGGGUCACCAACACAAGGCUCAGCGGCAACUCCUGGCCUGUUGGAUUUAGUCCAAACAAGGCCGUUGUUUUCCGAGAUUUUGGAACAACUGAACCGUAUCGCAAGUGGGUAG